AUGGCUCUCAACGUCCCGGGACUCAUAGUCACCAUCAUUUUCUACCUUCUUGUGCUCGGUAUCGGCAUCUGGGCUUCCAUCAAAUCCAAAAGGGAUGAAAACAGGAUGCAGGCAAACCAUGCAGACAUGGCUCUGCUGGGUAACAGGAACAUCAACUUGGUAACGGGCAUCUUCACCACAACCGCUACCUGGGUUGGCGGGACCUUCAUCAUCGGCACAGCUGAGACGGUGUACAAUCCAAAGUUUGGGCUGAUUUGGGCUGUGAUGCCUUUGGCAGCAACGGUGGCCUUCAUUGUUGGUGGUUACUUCUUUGCCGAGCCGAUGAGAGACAUGAAGUAUGUGACCAUGAUGGACCCUUUCCAGAUCAAGUACGGAAACGCAGUGAGUGGACUUCUCUCUGUUGCACCACUGAUGUCGGAAAUCAUUUGGGUGACAUCAACACUCAUAAGCUUGGGAGUAACCAUGAGUGUGAUCCUGGAUUUGUCCUACGCUGUGUGCAUCUGGAUUUCUGCUGCCGUGGCCAUCACCUACACCCUGCUGGGAGGUCUCUACUCUGUGGCCUACACCGACGUCAUACAGCUCACUCUCAUCUUUGUCACCUUGUGGGUGUGCGUCCCCUUCGUCCUCAUGAGUCCCACCUCCGUUGACAUCACCACCACAUCUUUCAACCACACCUUCCAGGCUCCCUGGGUUGGCACGCUGACUGCAGACAGAGCCUGGAUGUGGAUCGAUAUCUUUUUGCUUCUGAGUAUAGGGGACAUUGGUUUCCAGGAUUUCCACCAGAGGACAUUAUCAGCUUCUUCAUCAGCCACAGCUAAGUUGCGAUGUUACGCUGCAGCAUUUCUCAUUCCCACAUUUGGAAUUCCUCCUGUGCUCAUUGGGGCAGUGGCUGCAUCAACGGACUGGAACCUGACCUCGUAUGGGUCUCCGUCUCCGUUCGAACGAGAUCAGACAGGUUUGAUCUUACCCCUCUCCCUGCAGCACCUAACUCCGCCCUACAUCUCCGUCAUCGGCAUCGGCGCUGUGGCUGCCGCCGUGAUGUCGUCGACUGACUCCUCCCUGCUGUCGGCGGCCUCCAUCUUCUCCUCAAAUAUCUACAAGAAGAUCCUGAGGACCGAGGCAUCAGAGAAUGAGAUCGGGUGGGUGAUUCGUAUCUCUGUGGUUGUAUUCGGGCUGGCCGGCACAUCCCUCACCUUCCUGCACGCAGGUGUCAUAGCUUUCUGGGUCAUGGGUGGAGAAAUCGCCUACAUCCUGAUGUUCCCGCAGCUGGUCUGUGUGCUUUUCUUCAACGUAUCCAACGGUUACGGUGCCACUGUGGGCUUCCUGGUGGCGUUUCUUUUGAGAGUUUUGUGUGGAGAAACCCUGCUAGGGCUUCCACCUGCAAUUCAUUUCCCAGGAUGCACCCUUGAAGACGGUGUUUACGUUCAGUAUUCCCCCAUCAGGACCAUCUGUAUGCUGGUUGCUUUUGCCACCAUAUUGCUGGUGUCCUACCUGACGGCGCUGCUCUUCGAUAAGGAACUCAUACCAGAGAAAUGGGACGUGUUGAAAGUUAAAGUCCAACGGGCACCACAAACACAAAUACCAACAGAUGGUGCCAGCAGCAAGGGAAACCACAACCCACAACCUCUGUGUGAGGAUGGUGGGGUCUCAGAUCCAAUGUUGGAGUCGAACUGUUGA